CUUGCCGAUAAAAACAAAACGAAAACGCAACUGAUCACAACACGUGCAACCAAUAUCAGCAACAUAUUGAGCUCUUCCGUAUUAAGUUCAAUUAAAAAUUAACUGUUGUAAAAAUAUUUUAAAUAAAAGCAAGUGAACAUUUAUUGAUUACCUAUGGGAUUGACGAAGCAGUAUUUGGCAUAUCGGCCAGUUGACAGUUUCAAUGUUAUCAACAGUGGUCGGGCUAAUGUAAAUUUUGUUAUCUACAAUAAAACAGAGGGCCGAUAUGCACUUGCUGCAGCUGCUGAAAAUGUAAUUAUUUGGGAUUUAAGAUUGGGGGAACGUGCGUUAACACUUCGUCGCGACAAGCAGGAAGUAACGGCAUUGCGUGCUUCACCCGACCGCAUACAUGUUGCUGUGGGUUACGUUGAUGGUGUUGUGGAACUUUUUGAUUUGCGUGCUCCAGAGCAAUCUAUAUGCUCGUUAGCGCUGCAUAAAAGUGCUGUGUCUGUUCUGCGCUUUGAUGAUAUGGGCAUACGUUUGGUAAGCGGCAGUCUUGAUACUGAAUUGGUGGUUGUGGAUAUUGUUGAACAAGCCGGUCGACAACGACUUAUAGGGCACAAUGCGCCAGUAACAGAUGCACACUUCUUACAACGUUUAGGAGAGCAAAACAUUGUUAUUAGCUGCUCAAAGGAUACACAAAUAAAAUUCUGGAAUUUAGAAACACAAUUCUGCUUCAAAACAAUUGUUGACAAUCGUACUGAAGUUUGGGCUUUGGCAUUAAUCGGCGAUAUUAUGGUUGCUGGCUGUGGUGAGAGCACAAUGAAUGUUUAUCGACUUCGUCGACGUGAUGAUCCAAAUCAGAAUAUUGAAAAUGCUGUUGAGGGCUUAAGUAUAGAUGACGAAGAUACAAUAAGUCCUUUAACUGUAACAAACUGUGGUGUAAUACAGCGCGCUGGGAAAGGACGUUGUAUAAAUUUAGUAACCGACCCAGCGGAGCGUGUUAUUAGCUGUCACGGUACUAAUGAUCUUAUCGAGAAUUUUUACUUUUGCACAGCGGAGGAAGCUAAGGAGCGACUUUCAAAGCGUUUAAAAAAGGCUCGUAAAGCUGGGGAGUCAAUGGAUCAUGAUGGUAAAGUUAAUGAAAAUGCAUUAUCCAAAGGUUUAAGCCUGAGUGAUGAAAUAAAGCGUUUGGAAAGUAUAAAAGUAAAACAGAAAAUUAAAUCAAUCGACAUUAUACUUGGCGCACAAAACGAAUUACGUGUACUUGUCGGUUUAGCUAAUAACAGUUUACAACUCUACGCGCUUAACGCUUCUCUAAAGCACAAAGUAUCAGAAGAAAGUUUGAAACAGUUACGUGCAUUGACGCGAGUUGGGCAUCAGUCUGAAGUGCGUUCUGUAUGCUUCAGUAACGAUUCUCUUGCAAUUGGCUCGGGUGCGGGCGAAUCAUUUAAGUUUUGGAAUCGCGAAUCUAUGCAAUGUUUACGUACAAUAGCCACCGAUUACAUAUUAUGCACCAUUUUCGUGCCAGGCGAUCGUUAUGCUUUACUGGGCAUGAAAAGCGGUAAAUUGGUAAUAGUAGAUGUGGGUGCGGCGGAUAUUAUUGAAGAGAUACCAGCACACGAAAGUGAAUUAUGGUCUAUCGCCCUGCUGCCCGAUAUGAAAGGUUGUGUAACUGGUAGCAGUGACACGACGGUUAAAAUUUGGACUUUCGAGUUAGUUGAUAAUGUGGCUACAGAUGGUAGUGAUGAGGUGGAUACAACACGACCAAAAGUACUCUCGCUCUUACAUAGAAAUACGCUCAAGCUGGAGGAGACGGUAUUAUGUGUGUGUGUUUCAGCGAAUAUGAAAUAUCUCGCGGUGGGCUUACUCGAUGCAACAGUGAAGAUUUUCUUCCUCGACACCUUCAAGUUUUAUUUGUCGUUGUAUGGCCACAAACUGCCAGUGCUCUGUCUUGAUAUCAGCUAUGAUUCCACAUUGAUAGCCACAGGCUCGGCUGAUCGUAAUAUAAAAAUUUGGGGUUUGGAUUUCGGUGACUGCCACAGAUCGCUGUUUGCGCAUGACGACUCAGUAAUGGCGCUGAAAUUCAUACCCAACACGCAUAUGUUGUUCAGUUGCGGCAAGGAUGGUAAAGUAAAGCAAUGGGACGCCGAUUCAUUCGAAAAGAUUCUUACGCUGCCAGGACAUAUUGGGGAGGCAUACAGCUUGGCAGUUAGCCCGAAUGGUCGUUACCUUGUGACAAGCGGUUCCGAUCGUACUUUACGUCUAUUUGAACGCACCGGUGAGCCGAUAGUCUUACAAGAUGUACAAGAGGAGGAGCGCGAAGAGCUAGAAAAUCAACAACUCGCCACCGGUGAAGAAAGCGCAGUGCCCCAGCUACCUGGUUUAAAGUUGCCUUCAAGAAAAACUGUGGGCUCGGAAAAGGCUGCAGAAUCAAUGUUGGAGUGCCUGGAGAUUUGCAAACAGUAUGAUGUGGAAGACGAAGAGGACAAACCGGAACUGCAUCCACUAAUGCGCGCGCUGCAAGUAACAAAUCCCGACGAUUUCCUUUUUACUACUUUAGCUCGUAUACGUGCUUCGGAUUUGGAGGAAGCGCUCUUGCUGCUGCCGUUUUCCAAUGUGUGCGAGCUGCUUGAACGUCUGCCACGCCUAAUCGACUGUCACAGCGAUCAGAUAGAAUUGUUAUGUAAAGUAACAAUUUUCCUAUUCAAAGUGCAUAUGAAACCGAUAAGUGCAGCGAAAAAUUUGAAACUGUUGCUUAGCGGUUUGGUGCGUGCACUACAGCGGGACGUCAGUGAAAUGCGUGAUACAAUUGGCAUGAAUGUGCAUUCACUGGCGCUGCUGCAACACAGAAUUGAAGAACGCGAGGGCGUUGAACUUUUCCGUGAGGCGACGCAGGAGCGCAAAAAGCGCGACAAGAAACGGCGUGAGGCCACUAAGCGCCGUUUAGCCAUUAAAAUAACAUGAAAAGCACAAUAUACUUACUUUAAGCUAUAACGGAAUGUUGAUGAAGUACAUACAUAUACAUAUAUGCAGGUGUUGUAAUUGUUUUAUAGAGUAUACUUAUAAUUUGGUAAAUAUAAAAUUAUGAAACAUUUA